UCACGAUAUUGGAAUUCUUGUCUUUACCAAAGCGCCAUGGUUGAAACGUCUUCACCACUCACAGCAAUUGUGCAAUCCCAGCUCACGAGUUUGGACGAUACGGAUGCGUUGCAGAAUGCUUGGACCGAAGCUCUAGCCCGGGCAACCGAGAACGGUUCGGCACUCCGUUGGGGCGGCCGCGGCCGAGGCGGACGAGGAUUAGCCCGACGGACCUUCCAACCCAAAGACAUUGUGGUCGAAGGAAUACGUCUGGAAUAUGUUGGGACGACACAAGGAUCGUCGCGUGUAUUGUUGGGGGACGAUGCGGUCCUGAAACUUCUAGGUGGGAGAGCGUACGCCGUGGUGGGGCGGAACGGAUGCGGCAAGUCGACGUUGUUGCGACGGAUACGCGCCGGAAAGAUCCCCGGUUUUCCACCUCACGUAACGACUCUUUACAUUCCACAAGAAAUCUUUGUCGAUCGCUGGGAAGGCGUCGAAGAUGACGCUGGAAAAGUAACUCCGACUCCCAUCGAUUACCUACUCGAAAAGCAUCGGGCCUUCACCAAAGAUUCGGCAAAUUCCGUUCAAGAGCAGAUUGAUAGUCUCGAAGCUCAAUUGGAAUCUCUGGAUAUUACCUUGGAAGAGGAUCAAGAGAAAAUCCAGCAAAUCGGAGAGGAGAUUAGCUUGCUGGAGGAUUCCAGAGAUGGAAAGGCCGAUGAGAAGUCUUUGACGACACUGGCCAAAGAAGCCUUGGAGUGCAUGGGUUUAGCGGAACGCAUUUGGAAUAUGCCCAUGACCAAGCUUUCCGCUGGUCAACGGAAAAAGGUUGCGUUGUCUCUCGCGUUCUUUUGCUGCUGCGAUUUGCUUCUGCUUGAUGAGCCGACCAACGCCUUGGAUGUACAAGGUCUACUGCAGCUUCGCCGUUUGAUGGAGGUUUGCAAGACUCGGCAGACGACGGUUCUACUCGUUUCGCACGAUUUGGAUUUAGUCAACCAUGUGGCAACGGACGUGAUAGAGUUUGUGCAGAAAACACUGUACUACUAUCCUGGAAACUAUGCGGACUAUCAGGUCUACCGUCGACAGCACGAUUUGCAUAACUUGCGACAGGUCGUUGCUUUGGAUAAGAAACGAGAUGCGAUGAUGCAAACGAUAGAAAACAUCAAAAAGCAACCCGUGCCAAAACGUGGUGGUGGUAAGAAAAAAUCACGACAGGUGGAAAGUCACCGCAAGAAACUGGAACGACAAGGGUUCGAAAAGACUGAAUCUGGACAUCGAUGGACGGCGCAAAAGGCAGGCACCGGUAUUAAGGCGGGAUCAAUUAACGCCAUUGACGCCACCACGCGUCGGGGAAAGACCACCAGUCAGCUGUUGACCAUGACAGAAAAGGACAUUCGUCCACCACCCGACAAGGCCGUCCAGUUUGUCUUUCGACCGGUGACCAGCCAAUGGAACGAAGCAUUGAUUUGGGCUAUGCAAGUAGGACACGGAUACGGUCAGGAGUUGCAUAACGCUGUCGCACAAACAGGUCCCGUGGCAUCAACCAUAAUUAGCAAGAAGGAAGGAUUUCUGUUUGAUUGCGUUGACUUGUGCGUGGAAGAAGGCGGGACUUACUGUAUACUGGGGGAGACCGCCUCUGGAAAAUCGAUUUUACUUCGUUUGUUGGCCAAACUUGAAGAACCUCGUGAAGGUAAAAUCAGUUACGCGACUAACGUGGAAGUCGCUUUUAUGGAUCAAGAAAGUGUGGAACGGAUGAUUGAUAUUGGUUUGGCUAACGGUACAGAAACUGCACUUUCAUAUUUGCAAGCGCAAUACCGUCAAAAGACGGAACAAGACUUGCGCAGUGAGCUUACCAACUUUGGAAUGUCACCCACGCAAGCCACCACAAACUUGCGGUUUUUGAGUGGUGGCGAACGGAAUCGAGUCUGUUUGGCCAGUGUACUACUGGGAAACCCCCAGGUGCUUGUGUUGGACCAGCCCACUUCGAACCUGGACGUCGAAAGCGUGGAGGCUUUAAUUUACGGAUUGCGCGGCUGGAACGGAACGGUCGUCAUUUCCUCGCAUGACGCAAACUUUGUUCGAUCUGUGGAGGCGCAGUGCUACGCGUUGGUGGCGAACGAAGGCAAAUUGCGGCGGGUAGACGGAGGGAUUGACGAAUACCUUCGGGCCUUUGCUACGGAAUAA